UUAAAUUCCAGGUCACAGCGUUGCAGUGACAAAAAGCUUCCUAAUUAAGCUACCUUUUCACUCCUUUCUUCUCCCUUUCAUCAAUCCAUUGUGUGUUCUGUGUUUUGCCGAUCAUAACAGAACAACCAUGGGAGGAGGCAAUGGCCAGAAAUCCAAGAUGGCGCGUGAGAGAAACAUGGAGAAAAAUAAAGCUUCCAAAGGAAGCCAGCUAGAGGCGAACAAGAAGGCCAUGAACAUCCAGUGCAAGGUGUGCAUGCAGACAUUCAUUUGUACCACAUCGGAGGUUAAGUGCCGGGAACAUGCUGAAGCCAAGCAUCCCAAGGCUGAUGUCUUUGCUUGUUUUCCUCAUCUUAAAAAGUGACCAUUACAUUUUGUACAACAUGCCUAUGUAAUACUGCGUUCACCAACCAACUAUAGUUGGUUAACCAAACUAUUCAUAACAUAUUUCUCAAAGUUAAUGUCAGAUGUUAGCUAAUUCCAAGUUAAUCUGAGAUUAAGAUUAUAAAUGAGUUAUUAUGA